AUGGAUCUUCAUCAGAGCACCACUGUCAGCCUCCCUGAGAAAUGGUGUUUGGAGGCCUCACUGCCCGGCUGCAGGAGACAGCGUAUUGUGAGGAAAAAACUGAAGUUAAUUCGGAUCUUAGGCCUUUUCAUGGGCCUGGUAGCCAUUAGCACUGUUCCAUUUUCAAUCAGUGCCUUUUCUGAGACUGACACACAGAGCACAGGAGAGGCCAGGGCUGUCAGUGGCACUGGUGUGGCACACAGUUACCAUCAAAGGACACUCUUAGAUUUAAAGGACGAGAUUUGGGAUUACACUUCGCAGCCACCUCCUUCUCAGGAAGGCAAGUCUGAGAACAGUACAGAUCACGCUCAAGGAGACUACCCUAAGGAUAUCUUUUCCCUUGAGGAGCGAAGAAAGGGUGCCAUUAUUCUCCAUGUUAUAGGAAUGAUCUACAUGUUCAUAGCCUUAGCCAUCGUGUGUGAUGAGUUCUUUGUUCCUUCGUUGACCGUCAUCACUGAAAAGCUCGGCAUCUCUGACGAUGUGGCUGGAGCUACCUUUAUGGCUGCAGGGGGGUCGGCCCCAGAGCUUUUCACGUCCCUCAUAGGAGUGUUCAUUGCCCACAGCAACGUGGGCAUAGGCACAAUCGUAGGUUCGGCAGUGUUCAAUAUCCUCUUUGUUAUUGGGAUGUGUGCUCUGUUUUCUAGAGAAAUCUUAAACCUAACAUGGUGGCCACUCUUUCGGGAUGUGUCCUUCUACAUUGUUGACUUGAUCAUGCUGAUUAUAUUUUUCCUGGAUAAUGUUAUCAUGUGGUGGGAAAGCAUGCUUCUCCUAACAGCUUACGUUGGCUAUGUGAUUUUCAUGAAGUUCAACGUCCAAGUAGAAAGAUGGGCGAAGCAAGUGAUAAGUCGCAAUAAAGUCGUCAAAGUGGCAGCCCCAGAAGUUCAACCAAAGUCGUCUACAGACAGGGACAAGGAUGAGCCAGCCCUACCGGCGAAGCCCCGCCUGCAGCGGGGCGGAAGUUCUGCCUCCCUGCACAACAGCCUCAUGAGAAACAGCAUCUUCCAGCUGAUGAUUCACACCCUCGACCCGCUCGCUGAAGAACUUGGAUCAUAUGGAAAGCUAAAAUAUUAUGACACAAUGACUGAAGAAGGGAGGUUCAGAGAAAAGGCUUCAAUUCUCCACAAGAUCGCUAAGAAGAAAUGCCAAGCAGAUGACAGCGAGAGGCAGAACGGGGCUGCCAGUCAAGUUGAAAAAAUCGAGCUCCCAAACAGCACGAGCACAGAGGUGGAGAUGACGCCGUCCAGUGAGGCUUCGGAACCCGUGCAGAACGGAAGUCUCUCCCACAGCAUCGAAGCAGCAGAGACCCAGCAGGCCACAGAGACAGCUGAGGAGGAGGACGACCAGCCCCUCAGCCUGGCCUGGCCGUCCAACACCCGUAAGCAGGUCACAUUCCUGAUCGUCUUCCCCAUAGUGUUUCCUCUGUGGAUCACCUUACCUGAUGUUCGCAAGCCUGCGUCGAGGAAGUUUUUCCCCAUCACGUUCUUUGGCUCCAUCACUUGGAUCGCAGUAUUCUCCUAUCUGAUGGUCUGGUGGGCGCACCAGGUCGGAGAGACCAUCGGCAUCAGUGAAGAGAUCAUGGGUCUGACCAUCUUGGCUGCGGGGACUUCCAUCCCUGACCUUAUUACCAGUGUCAUAGUGGCCCGGAAGGGGCUGGGGGACAUGGCCGUGUCCAGCUCUGUUGGGAGCAACAUUUUUGACAUCACUGUAGGGUGCCCAGGCAAACAGCAGGUGCGCCUCGGCCCACACCACGGGGGCCUCAGGGUGCCUUCUGGCCAUCAGGGCUGGGGCAUCACGGGCUCUUCGACAAUGCCUCUCCUGGGUGCAGCUGCCAACAGGAAGGACGAGGGUGAGCAGGUGGACAGUGCCAGGGGCUCUCCCACCACAGCACAGCCAGAGCACAGCCUCCGGGAAGCCCUGCUGCGUGCUGCCCAUUGGCCGUGGCGCAAAGAACUUGACCCUGUCCUCCGGGCCCUGAUCUAG